AUGCCAAAAAUACUUAACGAAGAGCUAUUGGAAGAGGUCCCUACAAUUUCUGAUGAAUCGGAAUCGCCAAUAGAUUUUGCCAAUCUUCUCAAACGCAUCAAAUCUGUUGCAACAAUUCUCCGUGAUGCUGAUUUGGAAUUUCUCGCGAAUGACGCUGAAGAGGCCGCGUCGCGCAUUUUGAAGACAAAUUUAGUGCUUCCUCAAGUCUCGAAAUCUAGUCAAGGAUGUCAAACACCUGCAGAAACGCGAUCCGUUCAAUCGUCAACAGCUUGUGGUGUCGACAUUGGGUUACAGUGUAGUCCUGUGUACAGCCUUUCAGAAAAAAAUAAUCUGUCUCCUCAUCUAGGUGGAGUCCAAUCUGCAACGGGAGGGACUUUAAGCUCGCACCUGAAGUCUCUGACUCUAACAUUGGGUAGGCAACAGAUAGAAUAUGAAAAGCAACGUCUUGAAAUGAACCAAAAGGAAUUAGCUUUUAAAAGCAACUUGGACGCGAUGGUGAGCCAAUUGCGAAAUUUGGUUGCCGAGAAUGCCAAUCUGAGGCACCAGCUAGCAAGCAAGGAUGCUCAAUUGACUUCUCUGGGUCGUCUGGUAAAAAGGGUGACCUCAAAGUUGUCACCAGUACCAUUUACACGGACACCGAGUGCGGGAGACCUGCUUGAAAGUCCCAUGCUCAGCACAAAUUCAAAUACACUCCUGUCUCACCAUACACAAUUAAGUCCAUCCAGUCCAACCCUUCUGCAGUGCUCAUCUCGAAUUGGGGACCUACCUCUCACACCAAGAGUAGUUCUUUUUGAAGGUCUUGAAGACAUCGACAAUGACAACAUUACCAGUAUUUCAGCCGCGGAGCCGCGACGCUGCGACUCAGCCAAGAAUAUUGAAGGAAGAGAUCGCAGUUUCUCAACAAGUUCACUGAGUUCUCUGCGCACUACCGACAUGAUGCACUUUCAACGAGGUCUGGCUUCUCUAGACGACCAAAUCGCGAAAAUCCGAGACUCACUUCAAUUCAACGGUUGA